GAUGGUCACAGACAAUGGAAUUAAUGCCCUUAUGCAUCGGCUAAAUGAAUCGGAAAAUGUAUUACUUGACAUCGCCAACAAAAUAUAUCUUCUGCAUGGUUUCGAAAUCAAGAAGGAAUUCCGGCAAACGGCUGACAGGUUCUUAGCUGGAGUCGAGCAGCUCAACUUUGGUGAUUUAGAGCAUUCCAGGAAAACAAUUAAUGACUGCAUUGAGGAUAAAACUCAUGGAAGGAUAAAAGAUGUAAUUGGAAAAGAGUUGUCGGCUGAAUAUGAUGAUAUUGCUGCCAAAGAAAGGGAACGGUUUGCAAGACCUUGAGAGAAAUCUUGACAGAUUUGAUCCCAUGCAACUUGUGAAGAGAAUGACCAGUAGGAAAGUCGAAGUGCAUUUGCCGAAAUUCAAAAUGGACUAUUCCAAGUCUUUAAACGAGACUCUG